AUGAAACUAUCGUCGUUUAUUUGCUGGUUAACUAUCGCGUUAUUUCAGGUAACUAAACGAACUGCUGCCCUAGGAAUAGUAGCGGGACCUGACCAGGCCUUAGAAGUCCAAGCUAAGUAUCUUACCACGACUGACAUCAGUCCGAACUCAACCAUUACAGACUCAGAGAGUUCAGGCAACCAAACGUACUCGUCAGAGUUAUUCGUAUACUUGCCUGAUCCAGCGGGUACCGAUAACUACACUGUCGUUAUUUCAAGUGGCACGAACCUUGAUAAGCGUACAGACGUCGUGCCAUGUCUGUCAGAAGUUUUGACUGAGACGGUCUGCAGGGUUAUAUACGAAAAUGUAUCAUUGUGGUGGUCCAUAGCAACUGUCAUAUAUGACUAUGUUCAUGGUGACAAGUGUGGGCCGGUUACUGGUAGUUACAAUGGUGUCUACUAUAAAUACUGGGCAGACAGUGGCGACUGUAGCUCUACAGCGCUCACUAAGACUAUUGCGGGCUCACUUGAAUAUGCAUUCGAUAAGUACAUGGGCAAUAGGGACCUGUGCGACACGUACACAGUCAAGAUGACGCACGGUGGUACAUGGAUCGGCAACUUAGUCGUGGGGCCCAAUGCGGCGACGUGGCUGGUCACCUCAGCAGCAUCCGGCAGUGGGAGCUGCUACUCAUCUGGGUGUGGGGGACUCACAUCACCUUACGGGUGCUAG